UUUUUCCAAUGUCGUCUACAUGUAUGUCAACUUCCGGUAUCAGGCUGAGUCGCCGAAAAGUGACGUAGCGCGGAGACUCUCCGUGUUGCUGGACAUGGCGACCCUGCUGAGAGGUCUGCGGGCAGCGGGGGCUCUACGAGGGCUGGGAGGCGUAUUGGCUGCUCCCACGGCUACAAACCCUCAGUUCUGCCGUCUGAGGAGAGGCUUCUACUGUGCAGCUCUGAGACUGCAGGAUGAGUCCAAAUCUGACAAAGCGUCUUCCUCCUCGUCUUCAUCAUCAUCCACAAGCUACCAUGAGCACUACCAGGCUCACUCGGCUCAACAGGACACGGCCGGCCAGCAUCACUCUGAUCCUGCGGCAGAGGGGACCAGCUCCAGCGCUGACGGCCAAAGUGAAUACCAGGAUGAGGAGUACGAAUCAGAGGAGCAGCUGCAGGCUCGGAUCCUGACCGCUGCUCUGGAGUUUGUUCCGCUGCACGGCUGGUCCAUGGAGGCCAUCGCUGCCGGCGCCGAGUCUCUGGGUUUGUCUUCCGCCUCCACCGGUAUGUUCAUCAACGGAUCUGGGGAGUUGGUUCUGCACUUCAUUGCCGACUGCAACACGAAGCUGACGGAGAUCCUGGCCGAGCAACACAACCAGGUCCAGCUGGGUCAGGCUGAAAAAAAGAAAACCUCAGAGUUCUUAAGAGACGCCGUUGAGACUAGACUGCGGAUGUACAUCCCCUACAUCGAAACAUGGCCGCAGGCCAUGAGCAUCCUGCUGCUUCCUCAUAACAUCCCAGACAGCCUGAAGCAUCUUUCUAACCUGGUCGACGACAUCUGGUACUACGCCGGAGACCGAUCCACAGACGUGAGUGGGUCCCGUCACCCUCCAUCCCCUUCUUCUUCUCCUCACACCUUCCUGUCUCCUUUUCAUCACCACUCCCACACUGUCCGACCUGCUACCUCCCAGAUGAACUGGUACACAAAGCGGGCGGUGCUGACCGGCAUCUAUAACACAACGGAGCUCGUCAUGGUUCAAGAUUCUUCUCCAGACUUUCAGGACACUUGGGCGUUCCUCGAUAACCGGAUCCAGGAUGUGGUCAACAUGGCAACCACAGCCAAACAGGUGCAGUCGACGGGUGAAGCAGUGGUGCAGGGCCUCAUGGGAGCUGCUGUAACUCUGAAGAACCUCGCAGGAUUGAACCAGAGGCGAUGAUGGGAAACCUCUCCUAAUCUUUGAUCCCGACCAUCUGAGCCGCUGAUCAAUUUCCCUUUUCUCCUCGCAUCUUUGUUUUUGCUUUAAAUGUAUAAAACAAAUGUAAAAACAUUGGACUUUGGUUUUCAAUAAAGCAUGAUAGCUUCAUUAUUUGUGAUAGCCUGUUGAUCUGAACACAGAUUAACUGUCUGCUUCAAUUGGUUCUCAAACCCGAGUUUGUUUUACUGCCUCGUUAUAGAUGUACACAAAGAUUUGUAACUCAGUUGCUCAUUCCCAAAUACAAUAAAGCAGUUAAUGUGUAUUUA